AUGCUGCAAGGAAGGAUUAAAAAGUUUAAGGUCCCAGUUGACAACAACAUUGAUAAUUUUAUAAAAGAUAUAAAUAUAAAGAAGAAUGAAUAUAUAUAUGCAUGUGAUUUAGUCGAUGAUGAUAAUAUAAAUUUGACAGGUGAGAGUGUGAUAAGUUUAUUUGAUUACAUAAAUGAGAGUUAUAGUAAUGUAUUAUUAUUAUUAUGUCAAGAAGGUUUUGAUAGUAUAUUAAAUUAUAUGCGUGGAUAUAAUAAUUUAAAUGAUGCAGAGAAUGAGAAGAUAUUUGGAUGUUUAACUAUACUAAUUGAAAAAGGUGUGGAUAUAUUUAAGAAUUAUUAUAAGUGUUUAGAGAAGUGUAAUAAGAAAGAUGACUUUUAUAAUGAUGCUGAAAAGAUGGAUAUAAUAAUAAAUGAAAAUAAUAGUAUUAUGAAUAUGAUAAUAGAAUGUUUAGAAUCUAAUUAUAAAGAAUAUUGUAUAAAUGAAAAGAAAAGGAAAUUAUCAUAUUUUGAAAUUAAAGAAAUAAUAAUAUCAUUUUUUAAUGCUUUAACAUUUAUAUAUAUAAAUAUAUUUAAUUCAUAUUUUAAUUCAAAAUUUUCAAAACAACCGAAUAAUGAGAUUAUAAUAAAUGUUCAAAGAGGUAGAAAAAAACAGAAAAGAGAUAAUGAUGAAGAGAAUAAUAUAGCUUUAAAAAAUAUAAAUAGUUUAUUAAAUAAUAUUAUUUUGUUAGUUAGUAAUAUCAAUUUUGAUUUAUUAUAUGAUAAUAUAAAUAUAUCUAUUCUAGAUAUAUAUUUACAUUUUUUUUUAAACCUAUAUACAUUAAGUCAAGAGAAUACAACAGCAUUUAAUAUGAACAGUAUGUAUCAUGAGGAGGUAUCUAUUAUUAUAGGGAAUCUAUUAAAAUUGUAUAUAAAGAAGGAUGACAAAAAGUUUAUUGAAUCUACUGAGAAGACUGUUAAAAUGCCUAGUAAUAUUUUAAAUCACAUGGGAUAUAAUAAGGAAACAAAUAAGGUUGUUGAUAAUAAGAAAAAGAGGAAAAAGAGUAAACAUAUGGAUGAAAAUGAAAAUGAUGAUGAUUAUAAUAGUGACAUGUCUGUUGAUGAUGACAAUAAUAAUGAUAAUAAUAAAAACAAUACUGAGAAUGAUAAUAAAACAACCGAAAAAGAUAAUAGUAAUAAUAAUAAAAAGAGAGAAGAGACGGAGGAUGAGAUCUUUUAUUCUUUUUCUUUUUCUUACAUAUUUUUAAAUGUAUGUAAGAAAUGUAAUAAUAUAAAUAUAUGUGAUUGUAUAUUAAGAGUAAGGAAUACUGAGAUUCCUAAGGUUAUAAUGAAAGAGUUUAUAGAUCAUAUAAAAGAGAAUUCGAUAGUAUAUUUAAAUUUGAGUGUGCAAACACACAUGCAGAAUGAAAUUUUAAAUAUAUUAAAUUGUUUGGAAUAUUUUUCAAAAAAUUUAAGUGUUCAUUUAAUAUAUUAUUUGAACGAUAUAACGGAUAUGUUAGGUAUAGACAUUUAUUAUAUAAGGAAAUCUAUAUUUGAGAUUUUUAAAAAUUUUAUAAUUUUAUCUAAGGGUAGUGAAGAAACGAAACUAAAUAAUGUUAAGGAUUCUGAAGAUACAACAAAUUAUAGGAAGAAUGAAAAAAAGGGUAAAAAAUAUUUUAAUAAGAUUACUACAGAUGAUAAUGAAAGGAAUUAUUCUCUAAAACGUAAUGGUAGUUAUAAUGAUAGUGAUAAAAAUAUUGAUAGUGAUAAAAAUAUUCAUAGUGAUAAAAAUAUUUAUAGUGAUAAAAAUAUUUAUAGUGAUAAAAAUAUUCAUAGUGAUGAAAAUAUUCAUAGUGAUGAAAGUAUUUAUAGUGAUGAAAGUAUUUAUAGUGAUGAAAGUAUUUAUAGUGAUGAAAAUAGUUAUAGUGAUGAUGAUACUGAUUUUUUUAGUGACUCAAAUGUAAAUGAUAAUUGUUCUAAUAAAAAGGGAGACAAAUCAAAGAAAAAAAAAAAAAAUAAUAAUAAUAAAAAAAAAAAUAUUUGUAAUAAAAAACAAAUGGAUGAUUUAUUAAAAUCAUCUUCUUUACAUAUCAAUGAGAAUAGUAUAAAUACAUAUAAAGAUAUAAUAAAUAAAUUAGUAUUGGAGGAUUUAUAUUUUUUACAAUCAUGUUUUGAGGAAUGCUUAAAAAACCGAGCUUAUAUAAUGCAUACAUUAAUAUGUAGACAAUAUGAUUCGAAAUUACAUGUUCGUUGUUAUUUGUUGAAAAUAUUUCAUGAAUUAAUUGAGAAUAAUUAUAUUCCUUUAAAUUAUUAUAAUAAUAUAUGUUUGAUAUGUAGUGAGCGAAUAAAUGACAAAUCUCCUUUAGUAAGGCAGAGAGCAUUUUCUUUAUUAUCUUGUAUAGCAAAUGAUGUGGUAAAAACGAAAUAUAUGAUACCUUUAGACACGAAUAGAAUAAAUAAGGAUUUAUGUUAUUUGAAUAAAAGAAGGGAUUUAUUAAAUAAGAAUGAAUCUUCAAAGGUUAAUAUAAAUGGAAGUGUUAAUAUUAAGAAAGAGAUGGAUGAUGAUAGAAUAAGAAAUAUAAGAAGGAAAAAGAGGAUUAAUUUAUCUGAUAGUGAUGACACCAACAGUGAUGAUAUGGAUGAAUGUAUUGAAAAUAAGAAGAGUGAUAAUAAUAGACAUAAUAAUAAAAAAAUAUUUUUAGAUGGUUUAAACCUUAGGUGUGAUUUGAAAAAUAAAAAUGAUAUUAUGAAUGGAGGUGGAGGUUCAGAUUGUAGUUUGAAAGGUGAUAAAGAAAAUGAGGAUGACAGAGUGAAGUAUGCGAAUCAAUUAGAUCUUUUGAUUAGGAUGUAUAAUGAAGUUUUGUUUAUAUCACUGAUUGUUGAUGAAUGUGUUGAUUUGUGUUUUAAGUUGUUAUAUUCUACUAUUGAAACAGAUCAGAAGAGUGCUAUACGAUUUAUAAUUUUAGCUCAUAUAUGUGGAAAUAAUAAAGCAGGAGAUGAUAUGAAUAAGGUAUGGUCUUUAAUAUUUAGUAAUAAUAACAUUAUAGUAGAAAUAAUAAUAAAUGAAUUUGUAAAUGUAAAUAUAUCAAGUGAUGAUUAUCGAAUGAGCGCUUUUAGAUUAAUUAAUGUGGUUUUGAAUAGUAAAUUAAAAGAUAUAUCUUGUAUAGAGAAGAUAAUUGAAUGUUUAUUGAUUCAAGAAAAGGGUAGUUCAAUAAGUGUAGGUAAAUUAUUGGAUGAAUUAUUUAACAUUUUAUUUGUUGAUAAAUUUAGUGAUAAUAAGAAUAUGAUAAUAAAAGAGGGUGCUUUGAUACUUAUGAGAAUAUUAUGUUAUUCUAUAUAUAGUGUAAAUAUAAAGAAAGGAAAAAAGGAUCAAUAUUUUUUAUUUACAAAUAAGAAGAAGCAUUUAAUAUUAUUAUUUAUAAAUGAAUACAAGGAUAAUUUGCAUUUUAUGAAUUUGUUGAUAUUAAUAUUGAAGUAUAAUAAGACGAAUAAGAUAAUACAGAGUUUGUUGAUAAUAUUAUUUAAUUUAAUAUUUGACAAGAUGAUUGUGUGUGAUGGUUCAGAGGAUGAUAUAUAUAAAAGAGGUGAGAAAAAAUUGAAUAAUGUAAUGGGUAAUAUAUAUGAUAUGGAUAAUAAUAAGAAUAAUAAAUAUAUAGAAAUGAAUGUUUGUUCUAUGGAUUUAAAUGGAAAUUUAAAAGAAGAGUGUUUAUAUGAAUAUAGAAACACUUGGUUUAAAUGUUGUCAAUCGAUAGUUGAAAGUAUGUAUGUGCAUUUUGAUGAUUUUCUUAUUAUAUUUACAACAAAGAUAAGGAAUAUGUUACAUUUUAUGUUGAAUAAUAAUAUGUGUAAAUUUCAAAACACAUUUUUAAAUAAAGAGAUAAGUGUAGAUAAUAAUAAUAAUAAUAAUAAUAAUAAAAAGGUUUCGUGUUUGACGUUGUCAAAAUUUAUAUUUUUAUGUGGGCAUUUAGGUUUGUAUACAUAUAUAUAUGCUGAAAAGAUUCAGAACAAAUUAAAAAAGAUCGUUUCUAAAAAUGAGAAUAAUUAUGGUAUGUGCACUAGAGAAGAAAAGGAUAGAGAGUAUUUUGAUUAUGUUGUUGAGCAUAUGAUUGUAUGUAAUAAUUUAUUUGGUAAAAAAGUUAUGCCUUUAAUAUUUUUUAUAAUAAAUAAUCCUAAAGAAUUUUUUAAAGAAUGUAUUAUAAAUGAUGAUGAAAUGAAUAAUUUUUAUAAUAAAGAAGAAAUUGUUUCUAAGGAGGAUGAUUCAUUGUAUAUGAACUAUGAGAUAUAUUUAUUGAUACUAGUAUGUUUGUUGACGUUAUGUAAGUUUUCAAUUAUAUCUCAAACGUUUUGUCAAAAGAUUAUGUCUAAUAAUAUGUCUAUAAUUAAGUUAAUCGUUUCUAUAAUAACAGAGGAAGAAAACCAGUUGUUCUUUAAAAAUGGAGAUGUUCGUAAUGGUUCGGAUGAAAUAGAAAAGGAAAAGGAAAGGGAAAAGAAUAUUUUAAGUUUGUGUGAUGAUAUAAAUGAAAAUGAAAAGAGUAAGAAUGAUAAUAUAAAUAUAAAAUGUGAUAAUAUAAAAUGUGAUAAUAUAAAAUGUGAUAAUAUAAAAUGUGAUAAUAUAAAAUGUGACAAUAUAAAGGGGGAUGAUAAAAUGUAUUAUAAUAAUAUGUCACAUUUAAAUUAUAAAUCUGUCAAAUAUGACAAAUUCAAAGAUUGCAUCAUGUAUAAAACCAUAUCUAAUAUAAGAAAAAUGUUACUUAUUAGUUAUGCAGAUUUAUUAUAUCGUCAUCCAAAUUUGUUAGAGCCAUACAAUAAAUAUAUUUUCAAAGUAUUGAAUGAUGAAGAUAUAAAUAUGAGAAGAACAGCUGUAUCAGUGUUUACUCAUUUAUUUAUGACUGAUACUGUUAAGGCAAAGAGUAUAUUACUUAUACAUAUGAUGUAUUUAACUAUAGAUAAUGAUGAUAAAAUAUCUAGUGGAUCAAAAUCUUUUUUUUAUGAACUAGAUAGGAAAUCUCCAAUAACACUUGUUAAUAAUAUAUGUGAUAUGAUAUCUGUUCUAGCUCGAAAUGAUAGAAAGUUAGAAUAUGAGAUGAAUAAGAAAAUAUUAUUAUUCCUAUUAACCUUUUUAAAGAAAAGUAAAUAUAACGAAACUCUAGUAGAAAAGAUUUUUAAAAAAAUGAAAGAAGUAAAUAUUAAUAGAACUGAUGAUUUACAUUUAUAUAUGCAGGUGUUUUUAAAUAUACAUAUUGAUGAAAAAAUAUUAGCAAAAAUAAAUAAAUGCUUUCCUUUGAUACGGUAUAUUAUUCGAGAAAAUGAAUAUAUCCAUGAUAAUUUUAUACUUAUAUGUAAAAAGGCUGCUGAGAAAAAAAGAGGCAGACCAACAGAAGACGGCCAACAACAAAAUAAUACAAAUAGUAGUAGUAAUAAUAACAAUAAUAAUGAUAAUAGUAAUAAUAAUAAUGAUAAGGUGGAGACUGAAAAAAAUGAGAAUAAAAUGAGAGAGCUAGCUGAGGAUCUACUCGGCAAAAUAGAAUCCACGACAAAUAAGACACGGCACAUGUUUAGUUUUGAAAGCGAGAUAAAGUCGAUUACCAAUGAGGAGAAAAGGUAA